AAAAAUUCGAAAAGUGGGGUAGGGUUUGGAAAUACGCGUCACAGCAGGAGGGUACGGCGAGUACGUUUUAGGAACGUGCAACAGGCCCCACAAUAUUUUACAGUUAGCUUGAUUUUUUUUUUUUACCUUCGAGCACAAAGACAUACGAAAUAAGACACACGUGUCUGUGUUUCUGUUUGCGCAAAAUAAUAAAAAGAAUAUUCUAAUAAGUAAGUAAUAAUGUUUUGAUUGAAAUGCGAUUUGAAGUGCCGAAGUUAAGAAGCAGGACCAUUGUCAAUAGUAGAAAUAUUACCUGCAUUUUAUUUGAAUGUAAAUUCUAAAGUUCUGCUUUUAACCUGGUGAAUAUCGGAUCUGUCAUGGAUGUGAAAGGAACAUUUUCCAGAAUUUUCCUGAUUAACAUUUCUAUAGAGCGAUUUUCUGUUUGUAUUGAUAUCACGUUACAUGAAUCUCUUUGAUGAAACAGAUAUUGUGUUAUAAUGGAUAAAAUCAGCUCUAAAGAACCGAUCUCUCCUCAAUAUGAAUGUGACUACUGUCAGAUGAAGUUUAGAAGUAAGAGAGUUAUGUCAAGGCAUAUUUUAUCCCAUACAAAUGCAGAACCAAUAUAUUGUGAUGAUUGUGGCGGGGAAUUUCCGAAUCUUGCUGCUCUGGAGCAACAUUCAGGAAAGCAUGAAAGAAAAAACAAAUACAAAUGCAAAUAUUGUCUUGAAUCUUUUCGACGGCAUUGGAAGUUCACGAAGCACUUAGAAACACACGACGGACCUCAUCCAUAUGAAUGCCGAAUUUGCUUGGACAGUUUCAAAACAGAGAAAUACUUUCAAGUGCAUUUGAAAACACAUAAAAGGUUAGAGCCAAAGUCAUUUGUUUGUAAUAAUUGUAAAAAAAAAUUUACUCAUUUAGCUCUGUUAAAUAGACAUCUGCUUACUCAUAGUAGCAUAAAGCCAUACCCAUGUGUCUUGUGUGACAAAACUUUUCCAGAUGUUGCCACUAGAAGUAGACAUGUAAAAAAUCAUGCUCCAUUAUGUCUUCUUUGUGAUAAACGGCCUUUUAAGAAUUUUGCAGCUUUAAGACAUCACAUUGAGCAAAUGCACAGGAAGAAAACACAAAUAAAAAUUGCUGGAAAUAAGCAGGCUGAAAAUGAAAUGCAUAAAAUUGAGCAUGUCCUUCAGAAAGAGGAUGAAAAUGUACCUGAUGGCAAUAUUGUCGUUAGAAAAAGUCCUGAUUAUUCCAGAAUAAAAAAUUUGUUUGAAACCCCCAAACAGGAAAUAAAUGUUCCAGUAAAGAAAUUUUUUGAUGUGAGAGAAAACAUUAUUAAAAAUACCAGUUCUGAUGCAUUAUUUCAAAAUGUAUCUGAAAGUGGAGAAGAAGAUGAAAAGUCUGUCACGAGGCAAAUUUUAAAAGUAGCUGUAAAUAACAACACUGAUGUGAAACCUGAGCUGCCAGAUUUUCCUUUUGAUGUGAAGCCUGAGGUGCAAAAGCUUCCUCUUGAUGUGAAACAAAAUGUUCCUCUUGAUGUAAGCAAUCAAUGUCAAACAGUGUUUAGUAUGUUUCAGAAUCCAUGGAUUGGAAAUCAGAAUCAACUCAUGCUUCAGAAUCUUACUAUAGCAAGUGUGAUACCUUCUUCUAUGCCUUUCAGUUCUGAAUAUUUUAUUAACUGGUUAAAAGAAUUCACAAAUCAGUGCAGGCUUUUGAAAUAUCCAGUUGAAGGUUUUUUAUUAACAAAAAUCAAUCAGGUUCAUAAAAUUAUUUUGGAUUUGUUGGCCUCAUCUUCAGGCGUAUUUUCCCAGAAGGAAAAUUUCCAAAUUUUGAUGGAAAUAAAUGAAAUAUUAGAGAAAGUAAUCUCUGGUAAUAUGAAAUAUAAAUUGAAAAUGCUUGCUGUAUCAUAAUUUUUUGUUUUUUAUUUUUUUAAAGUUCUGCUUCAAAAUUAUUUUCCAUCGUAUUUAUGAAAUUUGUCGUAUGGAUCCUGCUUUCAUGUCUGUGAAUUUAGUCAGAUUCUGAAACUGAAUUUCAUUUCAUAUCAGUAACCAAAAUAGCAAUAAAGCAGAAUGGUUUUGAAAGAAUGGAAAACAAACUAAGUUUUAGAAAUGUAUUAAAUUACAAAAUUUAAUUUAAAUUGGUGUAAAAAGAGAGUAUUGAACCAAAAGUUUUUGCUGUAGCAUAUGGUAACUUAUUUUCUAAUUUUUAAUGUUUUUUUAUUUCUCAAAGAAGAGAAUUUGCUCCAAGGUUUGCUGAACUUUAAUUUCAAUUAUAUUACAUAAUUGAUGUGAAGUGAGCCCUUCAAGAAGUGAUGCAUACAAGAUUUAAUGUAUUGCACAUGGCAUCAGUAUAAAGUAAGAUUUUGAAAAUGGUGUAUUCUCACCAUCUGUUGCAUACGGUAACUUAUUUCCUAAUUUUUGAUGUUUUUUUUAAUUAUUAUUAUUUCUCAAAGAAGGGAAUUUGCUCCAAGGUUUGCUGAACUUUAAUUUCAAUUAUAUUACAUAGUUCUUGUGAAGAGAAUCCUUCAAGAAGUGAUGCAUACAAGAUUUAAUGUAUUGUACAUGGCAUCAGUAUAAAGUAAGAUUUUGAAAGUGGUGUAUUCUCAACAGGAUUCUCAAGUUUGUUCCUUGGUGGAGAAAACUGGCAGAAAAAACAGAUUUUUUGCUUCAUUAUUAGUAUUAUAUUUUUUUCUGUAUGUAACACUAUUGAACUUCUAUUCAGAUUAAAGAUUUCAUUAUAUGAAA